AUGGCCCCCUUCGUUGGAAAAGAUUUAGAACAAUCCCAACGGAACACUCUAGCAGGGUUAAUACAAGACGCUUACAAGAGAGGCGAUGACCUGGAGGCCGAAUCAUUGAAACAAAUCCUGCACAGAGACCAGUCCAGGAAGUCUAACAAGAACCCGUACGUCAUGGAUGACAACGAUACGGAAUUGGACAAGUCGGACGGAACGUCGGUGGCCUUCGUAAGAGAAGUAGUCCCAACAGUACCACAGAGAAUCGUUGCUCCACCCGUUCCAACAGAACCAGUAUCACAACCUAUCCUCACUGCCGCUGAUAACCAACCACCGGCUACUCACCACCAGCCGAUAACCACAACGUUAGCGGCAAACAACAACGGAAAGGUGACUUGGUUCGAAGGCGCGUUGUCGAAGGAAGAAUUGGACAAGGCUUAUGCUAUAAUGGCGUCCAAAAAAGGAACCUUAGAGUUAGAGAAUGGAGACGUAAUUCAUAAUGGAAGAAUCUUGAAGGGUGGAGAUGCACAAAUGAAGCAAUCCUUAGCUCCAUUGUCACCAGGACUAACGAUUAUUUUGAAAGGACUUACUUCAUAUAUCCAAUGGACGGUAUUUGAUGAAGAAUGGCUGGUGGCUGACCAAAAAGCGUGGUCGUCAAGGACGACAAAGUCUGAUAAAAAAGAAUCGGGUGAAGCUAGGAUUUAUGGAGGAGAAGCCCCGGUUGAAGAAUUAACUAUAGAUUAUGAGGUGUGGGGAGACUGCAUGGAACUUUUCUGCACACACCUGGUAGCUUGUGGCUGGAAACCGGUAGCUAAGAAGUUCGAAAGUCACAUUAACGUAGUGAAGAAGCUCCGGAAAGACUUCGGCUGGAUGGUGGCAUUAAGGUACUGUAAAUUGGUUCGUCAAGGUGUGAUGCGGGAAACUGUCGACAAGUCAGUCGGAAAUUACGCCGAGCUUCAUGAGGUGCUAUUAGCUGAAGCAAAGACGACGGCGGAAAGCUAUAACGAACACCACUACAAGACGAAUCCUUAUGCUCCUGGAAGACCUAAGGAGAGCAUAUGCCCGCUCACAAACAAAUCAAAAACAUCGUCAGCUACGAAUCAGUCAACCUACCAACCAAAAGAAAACAGGCACGCUUCGUCGAGCAAUUACAGAGGAAACGGAAAAGGGAAGGGUGGUGGUUAUAAAGGCCGGUUUGACGAUGGGCGGAAGAGGACCGAGUGGAAGAGAGAGGAUCGCUAUGGCGAUAGAUAUGCUAAUCAUCUGGAUAAAAGCAGAAGUCCUGACCGCCGGGAUAAGAACGGAAAACCUGUGAACGGGAAAAGAGCGUGA